AUGAACGUCCUCUCAACCCGAAAUCCUUUAUUUACUCUGCUCGCCAUCUUCAUCGUUUUCCGCUUUCCUGUGAUCACCAAUGCACAGUCAGAUUCAGCUUCCUUCAUAUACCCUUCCAGUCUCAUUAACCUCCAAGACAUAGGCUUUUCCGGUGACGCGACGUCUUCUGGCGACACUUUACACCUCACAAGAAGAGACGAACAUGGCAACCCACUCCCCCACAGAGCCGGCCGCGCCGUCUAUUCCCAACCGGUGCAUAUCUGGGAUGCCGCCACCGGUGAUCUCGCGGACUUCACCACCAUCUUCUGCUUCUCCGUGAACCGAAGCGAUUCAGUGCUUCACGGAGAUGGGUUUGCAUUCUUCAUGGCUCCACUCGACUCUGCCAUCCCCAACAACUCUACGGGUGGGCUCCUCGGGCUUUAUAUCCCAGAAACUGCUAUGGAAGAUAACAUUAAUGCUUCUUCUCAUUCUGAACCCCAAGUUGUGGCUGUGGAGUUUGAUAGCUUCGCAAACGAAUGGGAUCCGAAUCCGUUUUCUGAGUUCCCUCAUGUAGGAAUCAACGUGAACUCUGUUAGGUCGGAGACAACAGUGGGGUGGCCAAUCACUUACUUUGAGCCACACAGGGCAAUUGUGAGGGCUCGAGUAAGAUAUGAUUCUGGAGAGAAAGAAUUGUUGGUGAUGGUGAGUUAUCCUGGUAAUGAUAAUGCUGAUGCUGAUGUUUGCCUCAGUCACGUAGUUGACUUGAGAAGUGUUGUGCCGGAAUGGGUCAUGGUUGGUUUCUCCGGUUCAACUGGUGAUUUGGUUGAAGCAAAUGACAUUCUUUUUUGGUCAUUUAAAUCAUCCUUGAGGAAAACCACUUUGAAGGAGGAGAAUUGA